AUGGUGCCUGGCAGCAGCAAGGUGCACAUGGUGCCUGGCAGCAGCAAGGUGCACAUGGUGCCUGGCAGCAGCAAGGUGCACAUGGUGCCUGGCAGCAGCAAGGUGCACAUGGUGCCUGGCAGCAGCAAGGUGCACAUGGUGCCUGGCAGCAGCAAGGUGCACAUGGUGCCUGGCAGCAGCAAGGUGCACAUGGUGCCUGGCAGCAGCAAGGUGCACAUGGUGCCUGGCAGCAGCAAGGUGCACAUGGUGCCUGGCAGCAGCAAGGUGCACAUGGUGCCUGGCAGCAGCAAGGUGCACAUGGUGCCUGGCAGCAGCAAGGUGCACAUGGUGCCUGGCAGCAGCAAGGUGCACAUGGUGCCUGGCAGCAGCAAGGUGCAUGGUGCCUGGCAGUACCACCCAACAAGAAAACCAUCUUUGGACACCUGUGGCCUCCUCGCCCUCAACAGGUGGAAGAUUACGAGCUUCAAGCUUGCCAAGGAUUUGAGCCUAGACCCUAGCAACCCUUCGCCCUAG